AAGGCCGAAGCGGACUUCCGGCCGACUGUGAGUGCUGGUUCCGGGUUUCCUGGCUGGCGCGGGUGGCCGGCGCUGUGGCCCCGGGACAGGGCCAUGGAGAAGCUGCGGCGAGUCCUGAGCGGCCAGGACGACGAGGAGCAGGGCCUGACCUCGCAGGUCCUGGAUGCCUCGUCCCUUAGUUUCAACACCAGAUUGAAAUGGUUCGCCACAUGCUUCGUGUUUGGCAUUUGCUUCUCUAUAAUGGGAACUGCAUUGCUGUGGGUUCCAGGUGGCAUAAAGCUUUUUGCCGUGUUUUAUACCCUUGGAAAUCUUGCUGCAUUAGCCAGCACAUGCUUUUUAAUGGGACCCAUGAAGCAACUGAAGAAAAUGUUUGAAACAACAAGAUUACUUGCAACAGUUAUUAUGCUUUUGUGUCUCGUAUUUACCCUGUGUGCUGCUCUUUGGUGGCACAAGAAGGGACUGGCCUUAUUAUUCUGCAUAUUGCAGUUCUUGUCGAUGACCUGGUAUAGCCUGUCAUACAUCCCAUAUGCAAGGGAUGCAGUUAUUAAAUGCUGUUCUUCUCUCCUAAGUUGAAAAUCAGAACUCAUGGAAAAGAACAUUGGAAUGUUGAUAUUCUGUUUUUGGUGAAGUAUGCUUUUCCCAAUAAAAUAAUCACUUCAAAAACAACUGCAGUGACAGUUUAAGACCAUUUUGUAUACUGGUAAAAACUACAUGCUUGAUUAAACGGUUAAAUGCUUGUAAUUUUAA